AUGGAGCCGGACAAUACCCCGAGCUCCAGACUCAGAGCAGCUGGGGUCGGGGGGAGAGCAGUGUUUUUCUGCAUGAUUCUUUACUGUACAUGCUGUUUGAGGCUCGCACAAGCACAAUCUGCAGAUGUGGACGUGCUGCAAAGACUGGGAUUGGUUGGGAAAAGACCACCUCAAGGCUUCAUCCCUAUUAAAUCAGGAGUCAUCCUAACCACAAGGGCGAGAAUUGACGUCCCGGUGAGCUCCGUCAUUCCUGUGUCACUGGGCUCGACGUUCUCUAUCAUCCUCAGCGUAUGUUCCCAUCGCAUAAACAGUGCUUUCCUUUUCACCAUUGUGACAAAGAGGAAAAGACUGCACCUAGGGGUGCAGUUCAUCCCUGGACAGAUAUUAGUCUACCUAGGCCAAAACAGCUCUGUAAAUUUUGAUUACAAUGUUCACAAUGGCCAGUGGCACAACCUGGCUUUGGAAAUCCAAGGCCAGAAGGUUACUUUAUAUACUUCCUGUGGGAAUACAAGCAUACAGGCAAAUCUGGAUUUUCAAACUGAGGAAACGCUGGAUCCAGAGGGCUCCUUUCGCUUGGGAAAAAUGAGCCAGAACUCAGUGCAGUUCGAAGGAGCCAUCUGCCAGUUUGACAUUCAUCCCUCUGCUCAGGCAGCUCACAAUUAUUGCAAGUACAUUAAAAAACAAUGCAGGGAGGCGGAUACUUAUCGGCCAAACCUUCCUCCUCUUCUACCACUAUUACCCCUGGACCCUAAUACAUCUACCAUUCAAACCCCCAAAGUUGUAACAGAUUUUAACGAAAGACAUCUUUCACUAACACGAGAUGAGAUGAAUAUUAAUCAUGAAGGCCAAACCACGGUGCCACCAAUGGUAACACAGCCCACAUUACAGCUCCCCCUGCAGACCACAGCGCAAACUACUGCCUCCAUUAGGAACAGGACUUCACAAAUAUCUCCAAAGCCAACUCAACAAAACAGGAAGAAAGCAAAAAAAGAACGUAACAAGUUACAUAUUUUAAAAGAGCACCAGAUUUCUGUCACUGACAGUCCAACAAGUCAACAAAAAAACCAAGUAGAUAUUCCAACCACAACAACACCUGAACUUUCUAGUACAUUCAGGGUGUCAGAAAUGACGACAUUAGCAGCACAGAGACCUCUGCCAAAGGAAACCUCCUUAUUUGAAGCCAAAGCCACCUUUUUUGAGUCUGUAACCCCUGCAGCUAUGGAUGGUUUGCAAACGUUUGACUUGGAACCGACCCAGUAUUCCUUCUUGGAGUUAACCGGACUGAAAGGAGAACCCGGACUACCGGGACCACCAGGACCUCCGGGCCAGCCAGGAUUACCGGGAAAGAGAGGUCCCCGGGGACCCUCUGGUCCGCAUGGAAAACCAGGACCCCCAGGGACUCCUGGACCUAAGGGAAAAAAGGGAAAUCCUGGAAUCUCACCUGGCAGAGCACCAAGUGGAGUAAAGGGCGACCCUGGAUUAGUAGGUCUGCCUGGACAACCCGGUCAACCCGGUCGUAAAGGACAGAAAGGCCAUCCUGGUCCCUCUGGCCACCCUGGAGACCAAGGAGAAAGAGGACCGGAUGGAAGUCCAGGUGCCAAAGGUUAUCCUGGCAGGCAGGGCUUACCUGGGCCUAUAGGAAAUAUGGGACCAAAAGGCGUACGGGGCUUCAUUGGAAUCCCAGGCAUCUUCGGUCUCCCUGGAGCUGACGGAGAAAGAGGUUUACCUGGUGUUCCUGGGAAGAAGGGCAAGAUGGGUAGGCCGGGCUUUCCAGGAGAUUUUGGGGAGCGAGGACCACCAGGACCUGAUGGAAACCCAGGGGAAAUCGGCGCCCCGGGGCCUGUUGGCAUCCCUGGAUUUAUUGGUGAUAUGGGCCCUGUUGGAAUGGUCGGUCCUCCUGGACUAAUAGGACCAAAGGGUGUCCCAGGAAACCCAGGAGAGCCCGGACUGAAAGGUGAUAAGGGUGAGCUCGGAUUGCCAGGUGAACCCGGGGAACCUGGAUUUCAAGGUGACAAGGGUAUUCAGGGCUCACCGGGUUUACCAGGAGUUCAAGGAAAGCCAGGACCACAGGGGAAGAUUGGAGAUCGAGGUCCAGACGGUUUGCCCGGCCCACUUGGUCCUGAGGGUUUUCCAGGGGAUAUUGGACCACCAGGACAGAAUGGUGUUGAGGGCCCAAAGGGGAAUGCAGGAGUGAGAGGCAUUCCAGGCCCUGGAGGACUCCCUGGACUCGAGGGAGAUCAGGGACCAGUGGGACCAGCAGGGGCUCCAGGACUAGAGGGCAGACCUGGGAGGAAAGGUAUCUCUGGCAAUCCAGGGGAGGAAGGGAUGAAGGGAGAGCCUGGAAUGACUGGAAAUCCUGGGAUGCUUGGUGAGAGGGGUCCUGUUGGUUUCGUCGGGCCUUUUGGUGAGAUGGGACUUGCUGGAGAAAAGGGAGAUCGUGGUGAGACGGGUCAGCCUGGGCCACCUGGAGAAAAGGGAGCCAUGGGUCACCCAGGGGCUCCAGGAGAGAGAGGCCUGUCUGGACCAGCAGGUGCUCCAGGGCCUCAUGGAUCUAGGGGCCUCAGUGGCACCAGGGGGCCAAAAGGCACAAGGGGUGCAAGGGGACCAGAUGGACCAGUUGGAGAGAAAGGAAUGAUGGGAAUGAAGGGUCCUGAAGGUCCACCAGGAAAACAAGGUUUAAGCGGACAAAUGGGUAAAAUUGGAGAAACUGGUGAAGCAGGACCUACCGGAUUUACUGGUGUUCAAGGACCAACUGGACCUCCUGGAGCAAAAGGCAUCUUAGGAGAACCUGGUCCUCAAGGAUCACCGGGAGUGUUGGGUCCAUUGGGUGAGAUUGGAGCAAUAGGUUUACCUGGGAAGGCUGGCGAUCAGGGCUUACCGGGAGAACCAGGAGAGAAGGGUGCAGUCGGGUCUCCUGGGAAUAUUGGAGAGCAAGGCCUGAUUGGACCCCGAGGUGACCCUGGAGUCGAUGGAGAGGCUGGUCCAAGUGGUCCCGAUGGAGCCAAGGGUGAACAGGGGGAUGUUGGACUGGAGGGAGAAUCAGGCGAAAAAGGAGUCAUCGGAUUUAAAGGAACAGAGGGACGUACUGGUGAUCCUGGCUUAAUAGGCGUCAAGGGCCCUGAAGGCAAAAUAGGGAAAACUGGUGAGAGGGGAAAACCUGGAGAGAAGGGAAGCAAAGGUCAUCAAGGUCAACUUGGCGAGAUGGGUGCUUUGGGUGAGCAAGGUGACACGGGUUUCAUCGGGCCAAAAGGAAGCAGAGGAACUACUGGAUUUAUGGGUGCGACGGGAAAAAUGGGUCAGCACGGAGAGCCAGGUUUGGUGGGAUAUGAAGGUCAUCAAGGGCCACAAGGUUCAUUGGGAUCCCCGGGACCAAAAGGUGAAAAGGGAGAGCAAGGCGAUGACGGGAAGGUUGAAGGUCCACCUGGUCCUUCUGGUGACAUCGGACCUGUUGGCAACAGAGGAGACAGAGGAGAACCUGGUGACCCUGGAUACCCAGGCCUUGAAGGUGUUCAAGGAGAAAGAGGAAAAGAGGGGGCUCCUGGAGUCCCUGGGAAUUCAGGGCCUAGAGGUUUUCCAGGGCCCAAAGGAUCUAAAGGCAAUAAAGGUCCAAAAGGCAAAAACAGUCCUCGUGGUGAAUCUGGAAACCGAGGGUCUCCUGGUCCUGUUGGUGUUCCUGGGCCCAGAGGGGUCAUCGGUCGAGAGGGUUUUGAGGGGGAUCCUGGACCCGAUGGAGCUGCUGGGAAAGAUGGAGCUAAAGGAAUGCCAGGUGAUCUUGGACAUGAUGGGGAUGUUGGGCUGCCUGGAAAACCGGGUCCUCAAGGAAAUGCAGGAGCACCAGGUCUACCAGGAGUUCAAGGCUCUUUUGGGCCAAAGGGGGAAAGGGGCAUCCCUGGCCAAUCUGGACCUCCAGGCAAAAGAGGACUGAACGGAGGAAUGGGAUUUCCUGGAAAACAAGGCGACCAAGGCUUCAAAGGACAACCUGGUGAUGCUGGUGAACAGGGAUUUCCUGGAGUUCUUGGAAUAUUUGGACCACAGGGGCCUCCUGGAGACUUCGGUCCAGUGGGUGUGCAAGGACCUAAGGGUCCUCAGGGUUUAAUGGGGAUGCAAGGAGCCAUCGGACCAGUUGGGAUCAUUGGGCCGAGUGGUAACCCAGGACCGCAAGGAGACAAAGGAAACAAAGGGGAAAUGGGUGUUCAGGGACCCAGGGGGCCUCCAGGUCCUCGUGGACCACCGGGACCUCCAGGGCUUCCUGCUGUAGCCUUUUCUCAUGAAAAUGAGGCCCUUGGUGCUGCUUUACAUGUUUUUGAUUCCCGCUCCGCAAUAAGAUCUGAAAUGUAUCAGGAUACUGACCUUCCGCUGCUGGAUCAAGGAAGCGAGAUUUUUAAGACUCUUCACUACCUCAGCAUCCUGAUCCACAGUAUCAAAAACCCGCUGGGAACGCAGGAGAAUCCGGCCAGAAUGUGCAGGGAUCUGCUUGAAUGCGAGCACCGGUUGAAUGAUGGCACUUAUUGGAUAGAUCCUAACCUGGGCUGCUCCUCUGACAACAUUGAAGUGACCUGUAGCUUCACCAAUGGAGGUCAAACCUGCCUUAAGCCAGUCACUGCAUCCAAGCUGGAGAUCGGAGUCAGUCUGAUCCAGAUGAACUUCAUCCACCUCCUGAGCUCUGAGGCUGUGCAGAUCAUCACCGUUCACUGUCUGAACAUCUCCGUUUGGGCAUCGGAAGACUCCAAAACACCUUCCUCCAGCAUGGUAUACUUUAAAGCCUGGGAUGGACAGAUAAUCGAGGCUGGAGGAUUCAUCGAGCCUGAUUUGCUAAAGGAUGAGUGCUGGAUCACAGAUGGUAGAUGGCAUCAAACACAGUUCAUUUUCCGGACGCAGGACCCAAACUUACUACCCAUUGUGGAGAUCUACAACUUGCCCAGCACUAAACCUGGCUCACAUUACCACCUGGAGGUGGGCCCUGUGUGCUUUUUAUAA